CAUUUCCACCUCUACAUGCCACCGACCCUUGGCCUGCAGACAACCGUUGGCCGUUGGCCUUCCUGGCACGAUUUCAUAUCCUUAUAUUGUUUGAAGGAUUCUGAGUUAUUCCAUUGUUCACAAUGCGCCGUAGCACGUCCUACAAUUACUGGGAGCAGGAUUCAGAGUUAUAUCCACACGUCAAGGCAUCAAAUGCGGAGCGCCUGCAAACAACUACCGAUUAUGGACAGUCGACUUCUCAGCCUCACCACCACAUCCUACACUCUGCACUAGAGAAUUCUCGUGACGAUUCUACACCCGUUGUUUCCCAGCAUCACGUUGCGUGUGAUGGAGGCUUGAUAACCGAGGACUCGGACCAAACAGUGGGUCCUCGUGCUGACGUACUUGAUCCGGGUAUAUUACCGGUCCCGAUAGCUCAGUGCGACAUUCAAAGUGAUGCUGCUGGAUGGCAGCUACGCCGUGUUUCUUCCAGCUAUUCUCCCUUUGCCUUUUCCGACUAUUUGCCUGCCCACAAUACUAUGGGCUUCUCUAACACAAACUUUGCCGACCCACGUCAUCAAUUGCAAGAAGAGGAUUACUCUCAUCUUCAAUAUGUGAUUAACGAUGAUGAGUCAGCAUUGCACGUUGAUUGUGCGUCUGUGUGCCAGUGGAAUGAUGACCAUGGCAUAUGCGGGAGGACUAUAAAUGCAGCCAAGAUCGGGAAACAUAUGUCGUCAUACCAUUUCAAGUCACCUUUACCUGCCGACAGCCGCUUAAAAUGUCUCUGGAAGGACUGUGAACUAUACAAGCCUGUGCGGCGAGAUACAAUCAUCCGUCACAUCGUCGAGAAACAUCUCGGACUCAAGUAUCGAUGCAAGCACUGGUUAGCCUCUCAUGCUGGGGCUGAUUUCUGUGGAUCCCGGAGGAAUGCACGCUUGUAUUAAUGCUGAUCAUGUAGCCUUCGUCUGUAACUCAAUAUCAUUUCUUGCUCUAGUCUGUUUUUAGUUUAUGUUGCUCGCUGUUGUUUCCGUACAAAUC